AACCUCCAUGUCGCUGCGGUGUUCAUCAUCAUGGGCGUCUCGUUUCUGGGCACCAUUAUUCCUAUCUUUGGCCAGCGAUUUUCAUUCCUCCGGGUUGGUACACUUUGCAUCAAGCUCUUUGGCUCUGGAGUCAUCUUGGCAACGGCCUUUGUCCAUAUGAUUGCCCCCGCCGUUCAAACUCUGACCAACCCAUGCCUGCCAGAUAUCUUUGCGAACGUCUAUCCGUCUUUUGCGGGAGCCUUUGCCCUCCUGGGUCUGCUCUCGACACACUUUCUGCAGUUCAUGUCGGCUCGAGAAAUGCACAAGCGCCUUCCCAAGAGCGGCAGGUCCAGCGCCGCAAACACAGUCCCGGUGGCCGUCCAGAUCGACGCCCCCAACUGCGAGGCUCAUAUGGAGGACGAGCACAUCCACGGACUGAUGCUGAUGAAGGAGAAGCGCAUCGCAACCUACAUUCUGGAAAUGGGCGUGGCCUCCCACUCGAUCAUCAUCGGUGUCGCUAUCGGUGUCUCUCGUGGCACCGAGUUUCGCUCGCUCUUGACUGCGCUGACCUUCCAUCAGUUCUUCGAGGGAAUGGCGCUGUCCACUGUGGUGAUCGAUUCCAAGUUCAAGGGCCGCCUCCAGACCUACCUGUUGGUUGGCUUCUAUGCCCUGACAACGCCGUUGGGUGCUGCUAUCGGCAUCGGCAUCAGUGCAUAUUUCAACGGCAAUGGCGUUGGUUUCUUGAUUGCAACAGGCGUCCUCGAUGCGAUUUCCGGUGGAAUUUUGAUCUACGACGCCCUCGUCAACAUCGUCGCCAUCCAUUUUUCCUCGGAGCAGUUCCGGGGAUCCAAAACUGGCCACCAGUUCAUCCAGGUCCUUUGCCUGUGGCUGGGCGCUGCCCUGAUGAGCUUGAUCGGGCUGUGGGCCUGA